CCGGAAUGGAUGAACCAAAGUUUUUUUGACAAGGUCAUCCGUCACAUGGAAAAUGACCCAAAGGCCAAAGUUGAAGAAUUUAAUGUCAAGGCCGGAUCAAACCCCGGUGAUAAUUUCGCGAGUUCUCUUUUUCGUGGAACAAUCUCUUAUAAAUCAAAGUUUACAAAGAAUGAAUCAAAGAAACUCUCGUUGAUUAUCAAGACACAAUUGGUCAGUGGAAUUGAGGGUGUCCAUGAUGUAUUGAAUGAAUACCCACUUUUCCGCAACGAGAUGGAAAUGUAUGGAAAAGUUUUGCCAGCCAUUAAAGAACUUUGGUCAUCAAUCGGCGAUGAUGAUUUCUUAUGUCCCAAAUUGAUUUAUCAAUCAACCGAGCCCGUACCUUUGAUUAUUUUAGAAGAUUUGAGUGUUCAAGGAUUUGGCAUUGUUGGGAAACCACUUGAAGAUUUAGAGUUUAGUAAAGAUAUUUUUCGUCGUUUAGCGAAGUUUCAUGCUUCAAAUUUCUAUUUGCUUGAUGAAAAAAAAUUGGAUUAUGGAAACUUUAACGGCAGCCUCUUUCAAAUUCCAACGAUGGCUGAUAUGAUGUUUGAUCAAGGACUUGAUGCAUUCAUUGAAGUUGCAAAGGAAGAAGGAGGUUUCGAACGUUUCAUUCCAAAACUUGAAGCUUUCAAGAAAACAUAUUUGAAUAAAGCCCUAGAAAGUUAUUCAUCGAAAGGACAUGCAUUUAAUGUUUUAAAUCAUGGUGAUUUUCAUACUAAAAAUUUGUUGCUUAAAAAGAACGACGAAGACAAAGUUGAAAAGUUCUGCUUUAUUGAUUUUCAAAUUUGUGUUUUCGCCUCACCAGCGAUUGAUUUAAAUUACUGCCUUCAAUUUAUGGUUUCAUCUCAAAACCGUCUUAACCACCGAGAUGAAUUAAUCGCAACUUAUCAUCAACAACUUGUGAAAUCUUUGAAAAGUUUUGGUUACCUUAAAAGCCCACCAUCAUUGAUUGAUGUACAAAUCGAAUUGCUAAGGAAUGGGCACCUUGAAGUUUUGAUUGCGCUUUGUAUGACGAUUUUCUUUUAUAUUGACUUUUCGACAAUGACUUCUGAAGAUAUGCCAAUGGGUGACGGUAUGAAAGAUGCUAAAAAGAAAUUGUACAGAAACUCUGAAUUUUUGGAAAUGAUUAAAAAAGAAUUGCCAGGCUAUCUGCAUAAAGGUUUUAUAUAA